UUUCAGAAGUAUCAGAAGUAGUAGCCAUUCGAAGAAUAAUAACAUGUGGAUGGUGGUAAGCGAGGAUCCGGCCGGCCGCCUCCGCUAUCAGUACCACAACCUGCCGGUCGCUCAAUCGUUUCCUCCUCCUUCCCACCCUCCGCCACCGUCUGCGACAACCAAUCCGUCGUCCAAUAAACCGUCAACCGUUUCGUCGGCGGCUCAAAUUUAUUCGUCCUUUCCAUCCUCCACUUCCUCUUCCGGUACUGGCGGUCAUCUUCACCAUAACCAUAUGCAACGUUUUGCACGUGGAGGAUGCUCUAGCUUCCCUGAUUCUAUGGGAUCCUCACCUCGUACUACCCAUCGGAGUCAUACUCUACCAAAUGGAGGAUAUUAUGAAAUGGAACAAUAUGACAAUGUAAAUGAUUAUUCGACUUAUGGAGGUCCUGAUUCCACGUCAAGCUCAACAAGCUCAUCUGCAGAAUACCAAGAUCCAGUAUAUUCAACAAGGUAUGGAGGAUCCACAGGUACAUAUGCAAGGCGUCAGAACUAUGCAAGAUGUUAUGUUCCAAUAUCUGCUGAUGCAUUCUAUUACUAUCACAAUCAACAAAAGCAACUACAACAGCAACAUCAUCAGCAGCAACAACAGCAGCUAGCAUUCCGACCUCGUCAUCGAUCAUCACAUCAUCAUCAAGAACCUCGUCGACAUAGAGCUCCGAGUCCUGAUCCAGACUAUUCACCCCCACUUUCUCGAAAUAAGGUACGAUUUCAUAUCCCAGAAGAACCAGUAUCUCGUGGUGACUAUGUGAGUUCUCGACACGUAUUCAAUACGGAUGACUUCGGUGACGAAGACGACGAUUAUGAAUCAGUAUCGAUGAAUCCUGAUCCUGCACCUCAUUCUGAUUCCGUAUUAGUUCAUCGAUCAAAUGGUCAAGUAUCUGUUAUGGUCACAAAGAAAGAAGAACCUAUCUACUGUUCUGGAGGAAGUGAUAGUAGUACAGAGAGUAGCAGUGCAACACCAUCAUCUGUAGAAGCAGAUACUCCACCACCAAUUCCAUCUCAUCCACCUGCAAGGCAUCGAUUAGUGAAGAAAAGUUCUAGUUCGACAUCAAUUUCGCUUAAUGGAAUCGGAUCCACUCCAACACGACAAUUCGAAAUCACACAGGCUUAUGGAGGAACAAUUCGAGGACCUCCAAUGGCAAUUGGCGGAGGUCAAGGGAUAACACAAAUGGGAACUAUGGCUGCUGCACCACAAUCACAUACACAUACAGAUGGAAAUGCUAGCAGUAGUGGAUCAUGGUUCCGGAAAGAUAAAAACAAAAAGAAGGAUAAAAAAUCGAAAAUUAAGAAAGAGGAUAUUUCUAAUCCAACAAACUUUCAACAUAAAGCUCAUGUUGGAUGGAAUCAGGAUAGUGGAUUCUCGAAUACAGUUUACGACGAUGAUAUGGAUGAAGCUACUAAAAAUAUUCUAAAGGCUGCUGGAUUGGAAAGCAAUAAUCUGAAUGAGGAUGAUAAGAAAUUCGUGAAAAAAUUCAUUGCCAAGAACUAUGAUAAAUAUGUAUCUGUUGGAAGUUUGGAUCCAUCACAAAUCUCAUCACCUCUUCCACCACCAAUUCAGCAACAUCCACAGAUGAAUCAGUCAUGGAAUCAAACACCAGUGCGUCAAUACAAACCAUCAUUCCCAUCAUCUGCUCCGAUUGGAAGCGGUGCUUCAUCAUAUUCCACACCUGCCGCUCCUCCACCUCCAACACGUGUCGAAUCUCAUGGAUUGGCUCCAGCUCGUCCACCUCCUCCACCACCGUCAUCUGGUACCCGUGGAAUUGCACCAUCAAGACCUUUACCUCAAGCGCCCAACUAUGGAACCCCAGAGAAUCGACCACAUGCGGUUCCACCACCUCCACCCCCUCCACCACCACAAUCAUUUGGAAUGGCUCCGAUAUCAUCCGCAGCUCCUCCACCACCACCUCCUCCACCACCGAUGGGAUUGCCAGCAGUAGGAGCAGGAGCUCCACCCCCUCCACCUCCACCACCACCUUCAGGAGCCGGAGGACCUGCAUCGGUGCUCGCAAAACUACCACCUGCUCAGGAUGGAAGAUCGAAUUUGCUAGCGGAAAUCCAAGCUGGAAAACAACUUCGAUCCGUUCAACAAACUGCAGAUUCACCAAAAUCGGCUGGUGGUGAUGCUCGUGGAGAUGUGAUGGCCCAAAUUCGACAAGGAGCACAAUUAAAACAUGUGGAUGCAGCUGCUGAGCAAGAACGUCGAAAGAGUACGACUUCUGGAGCCGCUGGAAUGGGAGGAUUGGCUGGAGCACUAGCAAAGGCUCUUGAGGAACGUCGAAUGAAUAUGGGAAUAGAUGAUACUAGUGAUGAUGAUGACGAUGAAGAUGACAAAAAUGAAUGGUCAGAUUAGACUAAAUUAUCUCAUUAAACUUGUUUUCCUUCCAUUUUUCGUUUCCUUUUUCUGUGCAAAUCCCGUGUGAAACAGGGUAAUUUUAGUCCCUCAAGUACAAUUCUUGAUUUGAAAAAUUACAGAAUCGUCAAUUUCCAAGAUAAAUUAUCAUACAUUUUGAAAGUGACGAAUUUGUAAAACUUGUGCAUUUAGUUUUUUUUUUUCUCCAAAUCAGUGCCUAUUCCGUGUGAAUUUCUCUUCGUAAGCCCCCUUCCACACACCCGAAAUACCAACAAACUUUUAAAACUCAACCAGUCUUCUUGUUUUUCUCCCGUAGAUUUUUCUGUGAUGCUCCCCUCUCAUCCAAAACCAUUGUCCCUUUUUAGACUUACAGCAGAAACGCUCAUAAUUUUUUUGCAUAUUAUCAUUUUUCUGGGUAUCCACAUAAAUAAUUUUUGUUUCC